CAUAGUAACAGUGGCGCCUGAAAUGUACGAACGUCCGGUUUUCCCAGCAGCUCCCGUCUUUGCAGCUGCUGCUGCCUCUGUCACCUGCCGCGGCCGGGUCUCAGCCCGGGAUUUGGUCACCUGUUCUUCGUUCUCCGUUGCGCCCAUGGUCCGUCCUGGAGCCAGGGCGGCGGGCCCGGCGGCUCCGGCGUGGUGAGAGGCCGGACCGGGGACGAUGAAGGCCCUGCAUUGCAGCUGCUGCCUCAGCCGCCUUCUGGCCUCCGCCCUCUUGCUGCUGCUACUCCUGCCAGGGUUAAGAGGUCCCAUGGCGGUACUGCUGCAAGUGGCCGAAGCCGCUCGGGACUCCGGACCUUCGGGGCGUGGACCGCGGACCCUGCCCCCACUCCCGCCUGGCCCCACGGCCGCUCAGUCCCCCGGCCGCGCUCAGGCCGAAGCCGCAAGGCCUCGGGGCGCUGAAGGUGGCAAUGGCAGCAGUCCCGGGGCGGAGCUUGAGGCGGAGGACAAAACCGGGAAGGCGGGGGAAGAAGUCUCAAUGGGUGGCGUUCUGGCUGUGAGCCCCAACACCGGCGAGAAGCCCAUGACCCAGCGGGCCCUGACCGUAUUGAUGGUGGUGAGCGGCGCGGUGCUGGUGUAUUUCGUCGUCAGGACUGUCAGGAUGCGAAGACGAAACCGGAAGACUAGGAGAUACGGAGUUUUGGACACUAACAUAGAAAACAUGGAGCUGACACCUUUAGAACAGGAUGAUGAGGAGGAUGAUAACACAUUGUUUGAUGCCAAUCAUCCUCGAAGAUAAGAAUGUGCCUUUUGAUGAGAGGACUUCAUCUUUCUACAUUGAAGAGCAGAAUUUCUAUGUUUAAGGAAUAAGAAGCCACUUUAUCACUUGGGGGGGCGGGUAUUUAAGUUACAUAUAUUAUGACAACCUUUAAUUUGUUGUUGCAAUAAAUACUGUAUCAUUUGCUAUAUUUAUAUAUAGAAGUGCUCUUAAUGGGCUUAGAGUUAUUGGCAGUAAACUGUACUAUAAUAGAAAUCUGUUUGAAAAUUAAAGCAGUGUUUACUGACCAGUUUUUGUUUCUUGCUUACGAUAUUGUAAACUGUUUUAUACUAGUUAGUUAACGUGUUGGGGUUUUUUUUCAUGUUAAUUAUAUUUUUUGCUAGAACUGUAAAUUUCAACAACUAACUGGUGUGUAAAAAUAAUUUUAAAAUUUCUUUACCAAGAUAUACUUCCCAUUUUUGUGGGGAAAGAAGUCAGAUUUAUUACUUUGCAUUUCGUUUUUUUUAAUAUUAAUAAAUGUGUGAGUUGUAUGCAAAACAAUAAAUAUGAUUUAACAUUAUUUUAAAAUGGUACAGACAGAAUGUGUUUACAGAAUAAACUCAAAGACUAUAUA